AGGAACGCCGUAAGAAGGAGAAAAAGAAGCGCGAGGAGAAGAAGAAGCGCGAGGAGGAAGAGGCGGCGGCGGCCGCAGCUGCAGCGGCCGCGCAAGCGGACGGAGCGGCGGCUGCUGAGGCUGCUGCAGCCGAGGAAGAGCAGAAGAAAAAGGAAAAAGAGGAGGCGCGGCGGAAGAAGGAGGAGGAGCGCCAGCGCAGGGAGGAGAAGAAGCGGAGGGAGGAGGAGAGGCGCGCGCAGGAGGAGGCGGCGAGCGCGGAGGCCGCGGCCGCGGCCGCACAGGAGUCCGCAGCGGCCGCCGCCCCCGCGGCCGACCCGAACCCCUCGCCGCCCAUGUCGGCGCCUGGCUCCGCGGCGCAGGGGACCCGCCCAGGGGCGGCGGAGCCAGGCGUCAGCCCAGAGGAGAUCGCUGCGCGGGCGCAGGCGCUCGCCCAGCAGGACGUGGACCCCGGAGACGACUCGGCCAGCCACGCGCAGGCCCGCCCGGAGCGGCCUCGCACCGCGGGCAGGCGGCCGCCGAAGGUGACGUCGAAGGUGAAGGAGAGCAGCGAGCAGGCCACCGCCGCUCAGGUUGCCGCCCCCGUCAUCAUCGCGGAGGGCACCGCGCAGGACGACGAGGACGACCUCUUCGAGGCGCCAGCGGACCCGGCCAAGGGCCUGCUGGCGGGCCCGCAGGCCGUGGAGGAGGGAGGGCAGCACGGCAAGCUGGUGGCCGACCUGCUGGGGGCCAAGAAGAAGGAGGAGGAGAAGGAGCGCCUGAAACGCGAAGAGGAGGAGACCCGCGAGGAGUUCGACGACGGGCAGAAGGCCGGGGGUGUCCGCCUGGGGAAGUUGAAGCGCAAGAAGGACGCGGCCUCCAGCCACACCGAGGUCGACGUGGCGAAGCUCGGCGAGGCGAUCCAGGCCCUGUGCCAGGCAGCAAAUCCGCUGGGCAAGUCCAUCGACCUGGUUCACCAGGACAUUGCGCACAUGGGCAAGGAGCUCGACCACUGGAAGCAGGAGUACCGCGAUGCCAGCGAGUCCUUCCAGAACCAGAGGAAGCAGACCGAGGAGAUGCUGAAUCCCAUGUACCAGCAGGUGGCGGACUUGGACGACAAGAUCCUGGAGAUGAGAAGAAAGAUCCGGAACAGUCGUUCGCGCAUCUCCCGGAACGACCUGACGAUCCAGAGCCUGCUGGAGUCGGUCGUCUCCGUCAAGUGAGGCGGUUUGAGCUGCGCCUCGCCUGGAGGGUGGCCCUCUGGGGAGCCGGCGCGUCUGGCCUGGAAGGUAGUGCUCGCAGUUCUGGUUCAGGGGGUGGAGUGACUGGAGGCAGAUUGCGGCAUGAAUGCACGCUGCAAUAUCUAGUUCUGCUGAGCGGCUCACUUUGUGCAGUAGCUUUCAGGCCGAAGCUGUAGAACUGAUCAUCCUGCCUGACGUGCAUGACCCACCACUUACUCUCUCCCCGGGCUGGACUGGAAAAGGCUAGGCUCGUCUGAA